AUGGCACGUUGCAAACUUUUGUCCCCAGUUAUGUUCAUCCUCCACUUGUUGUUGAUCCUCGUCUUCUCGGAUCUCACUUUUGGUGCUCCUGCCGGGGGCGAAAUUGGCAAAGGGAGGCACGUUGAGCAACCUCCUACCAGAAACCACGGUUCAGGUCCUAUCGACCAAUGGCGAACCAUCAUCGAUCUUCUCAAGAAGAUUGGUAAGCGACGACAGCAUCCCCGUGGCGUUGCAACCCUUGAGCUUGUUCGUACUCGUGUCCCAGCUCCUACCGAUCCUCCUACCCUCGUUUUUCUCCCUGCUCCUGUCAGCACCUUGGUUCCUGCUCCAGUUGACCCCCCAAGCAACGCUCCUCUCGUCAAACGAGCCGAGAAAGAGCGUGCCAUCGAGAUCUUGGCCAACUGUGAAAAACGAGGGAUCGACAUUUAUGGAAGCAUUCCUGGAGAUGCCCAACGAGUCCCCGCCAACGACCCAUCUGUCCCAUUCAAACGCCAUGACGGCAUGGUGUUUGAGAACAUGACGUUUGUCCACACCUUCUCGGCCGACUCGGACGCUUCUCUCUGGGCAACUGCUCAGGUCUUGGUCAGUCAACAUCCAGAACUCGUCAACGGAACUGAAGCCUACCAGAAAGCCCUCUUGAAAAGAGUUGUCAGGGCGGACCCCGGUAUCCAGGUAACUGUCCGUCGUCCUCCACCUCAGUUCCUGGGUUUCGACAGUGACCGAAUCGGCAUUGGCAUGUGGGAAGGUGGUAAAAAUGAUUGGACCACAAACCCAAGACCCUGUCAAGGAAAAGGUUGGUGGGUUGACCCCGUCGAACACGGUGUCACAUACGUGGCCACUCUCCCGACCUACUCUGUAGGAGUUAGUUUCCGUGCUCUUGGAGGCUACGAUCGUGAAAGUCUUGAUUUUCGAACUCACUCUGGAAGCAACACCGACUGCCGAAAGCUUCUCUACUCAGCUGGAGAACGUACCCCGGCCAGUUGCUGGCGUCAUGGCCAAACGGCUGUCAAAUGUUUUAUCCUGUUGCAGAACCCGAACUUCAAGGCUCCCUCGCAGACUUGA